AUGGGCCAGAAGUAUCAAUUACCUUUCAAGGAAGGGCAAACAGCUGAAGCAAGGUGUUUGGAGGAGGGAUAUCGUGGAGCGUGGUUUCGGUGUAAGGUACAGGAGAUAAGCCGCAGAGGAGGACAUUGGAGCGCCUUAUUGCAAUACUUGGACUAUCCAGAUGAAAAAUGGACAUGGACAGAGCUAUAUCAGAUGGGGCAACUGAUGCUGCGGCCUGAGUAUCCUCCAGUCCACUUGAAAAACAAAGUGUCUGAUGUCAGCUCAAAUUCGGAUGCAACUCUUGCUUUUGAUGGUACUUGGAGGGAGGGCGAUUUGGUUGACUGGUUGUGCGAUGACUGUUAUUGGUCCGGUCAAGUGACGAAGUUACUAGACAAUGGUAAAGCUAAGAUUGAGUUGUUGCCUCCUCCAUUGGGUGAAGGUAAAACUUAUGACGCCUUUGUCAAGGAUUUGCGUCCAUCCUUGGAUUGGUCUCCAGAGUGUGGUUGGGUUAUGCCUGCAUCACAGGUUGGUGAAAGUUCUCGUCAGUAUCCUAAUCUACUUAAACUUGUUAGUCAAGGGCAUGCUAUAGUUAAAGGGAAAAGGGGCAGACCGGCAAGAACUGGAUCAUCCUGA